CGUUUAUUUUUUCAUAAAUAAAUUUUUUUGUCUUUAAUUCCUCUUAUUUUGUUUUGGGUUUUGUUUUAUCCUUGCAGAUGAACGGUAGAGGCAAAGCAAAAAAGAAUCAAAGAUGGGAAAGUCUUCUUCUUUGAAGAAGAAACGUUCCAAAGAUUCAUCUCAGUCGCGAAAGAGGAAGAGAAGUAAGGUUAAGAGCAAGAAAAGCAAAUCCAAGAAACUCUGUCGUCGAAGAGAUGAUUCAGUUUCUUAUUCAAGUGAUACUGAGCCUGUUUCAUCCUCUACUUCCGAGGAUGAUUGUAGAAGUCGAAGGUCCCAGUCCCGUUACAGGAAGGGCAGAAAGAAGAGGUCUAGAAGGUGGUCCUACAAUAAGGAAACUUGUGAGGAUUCUCCUAAUGUGAAGAAACGUAGGGGGUCGAGGAGAGGUGAUACGAGGAAGAGAACCAGCAAGAGGAAGAAGUCUACGAGAGGUGGGAGUGUGAGUUCUUCCGGUAGUCGGUCGUUGAGUUGCUCAAAAUCAGAAAGGAAGGAGAAAUACGGAAGAUCGGAGAAGGUUAAAAGGGGAAGCAAGAGGAGGAAGGGCCGAUCAAGGAGUUUUUCUUCUUGCAGUAGAUAUAGUGAAGGAUCUGAUUAUUCGAUCGAGGGGGGAGUACUGGAGGAUGGCAAUUCGAGAAGGCUGAAAUCAGUUAUUACUGUUUUCGAACAAGUAAACGAAAGCUUCAGAGAACUGAUUGCUAAUGAGCCUAUAGAAGAUGUAUAUGAUCGUGAUGAUUAUCCAUCCUGCAGAAGCAAUGAUAGUAAUGAUGGCGGUGGUCAGAGGGAGUUACGGCAACAUACCCAUACUGUGUCUGAGAUGAUAAAGCCUCCAGAUGAUGAGCAAGUAGGAGUUUCUCACAUCAAAACUAGCAAUGCUGAAGAAAUUAAUGUUUCAAGUGUCACUGAUGGUUUAAAUGGUGACGAUAUUGAAUCGAUUUUAAGACAACGUACUCUGGAAAACUUAAAAAAGCUUCGUGGUGAGCUCCAGAAAAAGAUUAAUCCUCCAACUACUCAGAAUGAUAAGUCUCCUACAGCAGAUGAUGGUAGAGUGGUGGUAACAAGCCAAGCCAGCCAACAGAUUAGACGGCCUCUGGAUAGAAGAGACUCAUCCACUCUCCCUAAGGACGAUAGGAACACAACAAAUACGAGUGAUGAUGGAAAAUAUUCCAAGACUCGGGUAUAUUCUGUCUCUAAUAAGCCGAAGCUGGUUAUAUCACGAGUCGGACUUGAUUCACCUAAUACUUGCAAUAGUCAGAAACAAGUUGUUGUUACCCAAGAACCUUCUCAGGCCAGUUUGGUAACUGAAACCAGUGUAGACGAGGCUUCUGUUUCUAUUAGGCCAAAAUCUGCCAAGUCGCGAAUAGGACAGGAACCACCUAAUACUUGCACCACCCUAAAACAAGAAUUUGCUGCACUAGAAUCUCCUCAACCUAAGUUGGCAACCGAGAGCAGCUUGGGAGAGAGUAAUUUAACUGCCCAAACUGUGAGUCCCGAUGAGUGUGGUAAUCCGGUCGGUAGAUAUAAUGAUACCUGUGAUUCUACUUGCGAUAAGACAUCCCCUUCUGGAAACGUUAGCUCGGAUAAACAAGAAGAUGAGACAAAGGAUGGUUCACAAUUUCAGCAAAAGACGAUGUCCGUAAUGCGGGGUGGGGAAAUGGUGCAGGUAAGUUACCAGGUUUAUAUUCCUAAGAGAGCCCCUGCUUUGGCUAGGAGACAGCUCAAGCGCUGAGCCCAUUUGUUAAUCGAUGGAUUU